CAACAAAUAAUGAAAAUACAAUUUAUUUUAAUAUUAUUUUUGUUUUAUAUAUGUACUACAUUAGUAAUAUCAUGUCCAGAUUAUCCAGAGCCAAUCGAAAUUGAUCAAAAUAACCCAACAUUACAAAAAGCAUAUGCUGAGGUAGAUUCAAUUAUCCAAGCUGGUAUGAAGGCCAACGGUGUCAAAAGCUUUAUUGCCUCCAUUGUAUAUAGAGAUCAAAUUGUAUGGAGCAAGACAUACGGCAAUGUGAAUCCAUUGGACCCAAAAUCUCCACCUCUAACUUUAGAUAAUGCAGUUAGAAUUGCAAGUAUUAGUAAAACAUUUACCGAUUUAAUGAUGUUUCAAUUAAGAGACAAAGGAAUUGUUUCGUUAGAUGAUCCAGUAUCAAAGCAUUUCCCAGAGUUUACUAUUGGCAAUCUUUAUAAUACCAAAAAAGAGAUAACUCUUAGAGAACUUGCAUCACAUAGUUCAGGGUUAGGAAGAGAAGUACCAUGCAAUUAUGAUGAAUUACCAGAUUUAACAAAGUGUUCCGAACAAGUAAUCAUAGAAAGGUUAUCAAAAAUGUUUGUUAUUUUACCAACCUAUAAAACAAUCCACUAUUCCAAUUUGGGUUUGGCCUUACUUGGUAGAACUCUUGAAAAAGCAGCAAACACUCAAUACGAAAAGUAUGUACACGAAAAGAUAUUCUAUCCUCUAGGAAUGCAUAACUCAUCUUGCUAUUACGAUGACGUCAAGGAUAUUUUAGCACAGGGAGUUGAUUUAUGGCCAAAUGGUAGUUAUUCAAUUGCACCAGUUGAAGGUCUUGGUUGGGGUACACCAAUGGGUGGUAUUUAUAGUACUGCACGUGAUAUGUCGAAAUAUAUGGCAUUUUGGUUAAACAAUGAAUUUGAUGAUCAUAUUUUAGAUCCAUCAACUCAUAAUGAAGCAUUAUCAGCAGUCCAAUUAGUAAAUGAUGGUGUUAAUGCUUACGGUACACCAUUUGAAAUGUUUUAUGAUAGUGAAAAUCAAAUUUGGACAAAGAAUAAAGCCGGUCAAUUGGAUGGAUAUCGUACUCAAAUGUCUUUAAUUAAGCCAUUGAAACUUGGUCUUUUCUUUUCAUCAUUGUUGGCAUUUGAAACUGAAGAUGUAUUCACUAGAGCUGCUACUCAAGUGUUGGUACCAGCAUAUGAAGCUGUUUUAAGAGAAGCAAAUAGUAAACCUCAAAGCUAUGAAGAAACUAUUCCAUCAUUCAGCUCAAUCAAACAUUCUAAACCACCACAAAAAAUACCAGAUCAUGCUUUUGUUGGCUUCUAUGAAAAUAGUGAAGGCUCAGUAUUCAUUGUUGAUAAUAGUACAGGUUCGUUAUUGGCCAGUUUUGGGGACAAUGUUAAAUAUAACAUGAGCGCCUUCAGUGAAGACUACCCAGAAAUCCUUAGAAUUCAAGUUGUCCAAACACCCUCAUAUCCAUGCUGGUUUGUUGUUGAUGGAAGUAAUUACGAAUUGGUUUAUUUCACAUUAAACUCUGAAGACUAUCUUUCGUCGGAUUUAACCUGUAAUGGUGUCACAGCAAUGGGUCAAAAAAUGAAUCUAGUUUCUAAAAAUCCAAAUUAUUCAUCAACUGUUAAAUUAAAUAGACCACCAAGAUCAAAAUUUUUAUAAAUUAUAAAUAACCAUUUUUAGGAAAAAAAAAAAAAAAAAAAAAAUAAAAUAAACAAAAAAAGAUUAUACCAUUUUUUGAAUAAUGGAUUGAUACCACUAUUAUUUG